AUGGAUGUAGAAGUAAAAAUUAAAGAAGAUAUGAAAAAGCUAGGAUGUAAAUGCAAUAAGAAAAUAGCACUCGCUUACCAUUUAUACAUAUAUUUAGUUGAUGAGAAACUGAUGUAUGAUACCGAAUAUUGUUACAAUAAAGACAUCGACACCUUGUAUGUCGUGGCGAGACCAAAUAAGAAUGAAAAAAUUAAUAUUUAUGUCCCAAUACCGACUAGUUUUGAUGGCCUUGCUGAACGCCAGUCUGCAGAGAAAACAUCGCAAAUAAGACAGAAGGAGGAUAGGAGAAGUUUUAUAAAUAGUGAACUUAAGAAAAAUGAAAGUGAAAUUCUGAAUGAUGCAUUAAAUGGUGGUUUUGUGGAUGAUGAUGAUGUUUGUCAAGUGUUAGAU